AUGUUGUUUCCGAAGAGUGUGCUGAUCACAGCACUUUGCUAUCUUUCAACUUCAUCGCAGGCCUCUACCUUGCCUUCAUCUAUCCAAGGGCAGCCAGUGCCAGACAAGUGGUUCCAAAUCUCUCUCAAUGAGAGCACUUCUGGGAAUACCAGCCUCAGUACAAGGGACAUCGACAAUGCUCUUGUGGAACGAACUCCUAUCCAGGUCUGCGAGCGUAUCAUUACCGCGACCGCUGCCUGCACUGUGAUCGCAGGUUAUGUGAUUUCAUUUUGCAAGUCGAUGGGAGCCACAAUCAAGGAGCUCUCCAAUCAGGGCAACUGCAAUCUCAUGCGUGGCAGCUAUCAGAACCUCAGAUGGACAUACCAAUCUUCCGGCCGAAACUGCGAUACUACAGCACAGCAGGCAACCAUUUCUGGCGCCAUCAAGAAAUACAUGACCAACGUGGAACACAACAAAAUCUGCGGCACUUGCCUUUCUUCCUUGUGUUUCUUCCAUGGAACUUCUGUCAUGUUUGAGCUAUGGAAAAUACUGUGA